UAUUUGUCCCGAUUUUGAGCACAGUUAGAGAGCUUCCUUCUCUUUCUCCUUUUAUUUUUGACAGGAACUGUGAGCCUCUGUUGUUCCUUUGAACUUGAUUCAGGACGAAGGAGUGGAAUUCUCUCUAGGCCAUCUGCUCUGGAGAGCUUGGCAAAGCAGUCCGGCAAAAUGAAAGGACUCACGUGCUUUCUCAUCUGGUUAUUUCUUUUGGAAACACAAGCCUUUGAGAUCCCCAUAAAUGGACUUCCUGAAUUUGCAGAAUAUGGUGAUCUGGUGGAACUGGCCCCAGGAAAAUUUCAAUUUGUGCCAGAGAACCGGAGGUAUCAGAGAAGCCUUUCUGGAGAAUCCGGAGAAGUGAUGGAGAAUGUUGAUCAAGUAACUCUUUAUAGCUAUAAAGUCCAGUCCACCAUUACUUCUCGUAUGGCCAAUACCAUCAUCCAGAGCAAGCUGGUGAACAACUCCCCGCAGCCUCAGAAUGUUGUGUUUGAUGUUCAGAUUCCCAAAGGAGCCUUUAUCUCCAACUUUACCAUGACUGUAGAUGGCACGACGUUCACCAGUUCCAUUAAGGAGAAAACUGUGGGCCGAGCUCUCUACGCUCAGGCGAGAGCAAAAGGCAAGACGGCUGGACUGGUGAGGAGCAGAGCUGUUGAUAUGGAGAACUUCAAAACGGAAGUAAACGUCCUCCCUGGAGUCAAGGUGCAGUUUGAACUUCAUUACCAAGAAGUGAAUUGGAGGAAGCUGGGAUCCUAUGAGCACAGGCUUUAUCUGCAGCCUGGACGACUGGCCAAACACCUGGAGGUGGAUGUGUGGAUUAUUGAGCCUCAGGGACUUAAAUUUCUUCAUGUUCCUGAUACAUUUGAAGGCCACUUCGAUGGUGUUCCAGUCUUAUCUAAAGGACCCCAGAAGGCACAUAUUUCCUUCAAGCCCACAGUAGCACAGCAAAGAAAAUGCUCCAACUGUUCUGAGACCGCCGUGGAUGGAGAGCUGGUGGUGAUGUAUGAUGUGAACCGAGAAGAGAAGGCUGGCAAGCUUGAGGUGUUUAAUGGAUAUUUUGUCCACUUCUUUGCUCCUGAGAACCUGGACCCAAUUCCCAAAAACAUCCUUUUUGUUAUUGACAUUAGUGGCUCAAUGUGGGGGAUUAAGAUGAAACAAACUGUGGAAGCAAUGAAGACCAUACUGGAUGACCUAAGAGCUGAAGACCAAUUCUCUGUGGUCGAUUUCAAUCACAACGUUCGAACCUGGAGAAAUGAUUUAGUUUCAGCUACUAAAGCACAGGUUGCAGAUGCCAAGAGAUACAUUGAGAAAAUCCAGCCCAAUGGAGGCACAAACAUCAAUGAAGCACUCCUGCGGGCGAUCUUUAUUUUGAAUGAAGCCAAUAAUUUGGGAUUGUUGGACCCCAACUCGGUCUCUCUGAUCAUUCUGGUUUCUGAUGGAGACCCAACAGUAGGUGAGGUAAAACUAUCAAAAAUCCAAAAAAACGUGAAGCAGAACAUUCAAGACAAUGUCUCCUUGUUCAGUUUGGGGAUAGGAUUUGAUGUUGACUAUGAUUUUUUGAAAAGACUAUCCAAUGAAAAUCGUGGAAUUGCUCAAAGGAUUUAUGGAAACCAGGACACAUCCUCCCAGCUCAAGAAAUUCUACAAUCAAGUCUCAACUCCAUUGCUCCGGAAUGUUCAGUUCAACUAUCCUCACCCGUCAGUAACAGACGUCACUCAGAACAGUUUCCACAACUAUUUUGGAGGUUCAGAGAUUGUUGUGGCAGGAAAAUUUGACCCUGAUAAGUUGGAGCAAGUACAGAGCAUUAUCACCGCGACUUCGGCUAACACAGAGUUGGUCUUGGAAACCCUGGCCCAGAUGGAUGACCUGGAGGAUUUCCUAUCAAAAGACAAGCAUGCAGAUCCUGAUUUCACCAAGAAAUUGUGGGCCUAUCUAACAAUCAAUCAACUGCUAGUGGAGCGAAGCCUGGCUCCUACAGCUGCAGCCAAAAGGAAGAUUACAAAAACAAUCCUGCAGAUGUCUCUAGAACAUCAUAUUGUGACCCCACUGACUGCGAUGGUGAUUGAGAAUGAAGCUGGGGACGAGCGCAUGCUGGCCGACUCCCCUCCACAUGAUCACUCUUGCUGUUCAGGUGCCUUGUAUUAUGGCAGCAAAGUUGCUCCAGGUUCCAUCCCAUCUUGGGCCAAGCCUUCCCCAACACCAGUGAUGGCCAUGCCUGUGAUAGGGGGACAGCUGCUUGAGUCCACGCCCCCUCCACAUGUGAUAAGAGGUAACAGAGCUUCAAUGCACACUCUUCUACCUUCUCAACCGAUCGUAAUCCUGUGGUGCACUUCUGUGCCUGAAUCAGGGAUUUUAGUGAAUGGUCAGCUUAUUGGUGCAAAGAAGCCUCAGAAUGGAAAACUAAGAACCUAUUUUGGAAAACUGGGAUUUUAUUUCCAAAAUGAAGAUCUGAAAGUAGAAAUCAACACUGAGACCAUCACCCUGAGUCGUGGUUCUCAUACAUCCAUCUUGUCCUGGUCUGACACAGCUCACAUCAUUAAUCAGAGGGUGCUUGUCUCUGUGAAGAAAGAAAAAACUGUGACUGUGACCCUGGAUAAGGAGAUAUCCUUUUCUGUUCUACUGCAUCGUGUUUGGAAGAAGCAUCCAAUCAACGUAGACUUUCUGGGGAUCUACAUUCCCCCCACAAACAAGUUUUCCCCUAAUGUGCAUGGACUUUUAGGCCAGUUCAUGCACGAGCCAGAGAUACACAUCUUCAAUGAGAGACCAGGAAAGGACCCUGGGAAACCAGAGGCAAGCAUGCAAGUGAAAGGACAGAAGCUGACUGUCACCAGGGGAUUCCAGAAAGACUACAGAACAGAUAUAGUGUUUGGAACAGAUGUUCCCUGUUGGUUUGUGCACAACAGUGGCAAAGGUUUCAUCGAUGGACAUUACAAGGACUACUUUGUGCCUCAUCUCUAUAGCAUUCUUAAAUGGCCUUAAAGGUUUAUAGUUUUGAAAAUUCUACAUAUAAAUAUACAUUUUUCCCUGUCACUUUUGCAGUCAUUCCUCAGUUGAAUAGUUAAAAAACCCCAGGUGCCAUGGAGGUUUAUAAAGCCUGUUCAACAUAUCUGAAGAAAAUAAAUAUUUUGCAAUGAA